AGUGAAGCUUUCUCUUCCGGGGCGAGCGUCUGGGUUCUCGCACGUGGUUGUGUUGCCCCGGCUUGAGCCGGCGCUGGCGGAGAAUUUGAGUUGUUUUACCGGAGCUGGUGAGCGGAGCCGGGACCAUGGAGGGCCAGAGCGUGGAGGAGCUGCUGGCUAAGGCGGAGCGGGACGAAGCCGACAAGUUGCAGCGCAUCACGGUGCACAAGGAGCUGGAGCUGGAGUUCGACCUGGGUAACCUGCUGGCCUCGGACCGGAAUCCUCCCACGGGCCUGCGGCGCGGGGAACCCAUCCCGGAGGCCGAACUGCGGGCCUUGGCGCGGGACAACACGCAGCUGCUCAUCAACCAGCUGUGGCAGUUGCCCACGGAGCGCGUAGAGGAGGCGCUGGUGGGGGGGCAGUUCGCGCGCCUCAAGGGCAUCCGUCCCAAAAAGAAGACCAAUCUGGUGUGGGACGAGGUAAGCGGCCAGUGGCGACGCCGCUGGGGUUACCAGCGCGCCCGCGACGACACCAAGGAGUGGCUGAUCGAGGUGCCCGGGAGUGCCGACCCCUUGGAGGACCAGUUCGCCAAGCGGAUUCAGGCUAAGAAGGAACGGGUGGCCAAGAACGAGCUGAACCGACUGCGUAACUUAGCCCGCGCGCACAAGACGCGGCUCCCCAGCUCGGCCGGGAUGCACCCGACGGGACACCAGAGUAAGCAGGAGCUGGGCCGCGCCCUGCAAGUGGCCAGGGUCUCCACCGCUUCCGUGGGGCGCUUUCAGGAGCGCCUGCCCAAGGAGAAGGCCCCCCGGGGCUCCGGCAAGAAGAGGAAGUUUCAGCCUCUUUUCGGGGACUUUGCCGCGGAGAAAAAGAGCCAGUUGGAGAUGCUGCGACUCAUGAACAGCAAAAAGCCUCAGCUGGACGUGACCAGGGCCGCCAAUAAGCAGAUGAGGGAGGAAGACCAGGAGGAGGCGGCCAAGAGGAGAAAAAUGAGCCAAAAGGGCAAGAGAAAGGGGGGCCGGCAGGGUCCUGGGGGCAGGAGGAAAGGGGGGCCCCCGCCCAGCCAGGGAGGUAAGAGGAAAGGAGGCUUUGGAGGCAAGAUGAAUUCCGGGUCGCCCGGCUGGGGUGGCAAGAGGAAAGGAGGGCAACACCAAGGAGGAAAGAAGAGGAAGUAAAGUUGACCCUCUGACCCGAGUACCUGUAAACCAAGAGCUACUCUACAUGUUAAGGUCUGAGUCCUGCAGGGGAUGCAGAAGAAGGUGGCCACCACCUUCAUUGAGGUUGAAGGGAUAGGAUUGCCCUCCCCUCCCCUUAAGAUACUAUGAAAAUGUUGGACUUUACAAAUUAAUGUUUUUCCAAUCAUGUUUUUGGCUGGAGGUUUAAAGGAUGUAUUUUUUUUAUUAACUUUGGAUGUGGUAUAAGGGACAGUUCAUAUUUCAGAGACAAAAUAGUAUGACUUCAGCUUUAUUUUUGUAACAAGCUUCUGUAUUGAUCAAAGUAGCUGGGAGCACACAGAAAGAUUUCAGAACUGACCUUAAAAGUAAUUGUUGUGAAGUUAUUUAAUAAAAGUGUGUCUGUAUUUAAUGUUGCUUUUCACUGUUUGGCUAUUGUUAAAUAAAGCCAGUGACCUGGAUAUCUGGCACAUGAUAUUUUCCUUUACUUUCUAAAACAGCAGCAAACUUGUGAUUUUAGCAACAUCACUGUAAAAAAAAAAACCAAACUUUUAGUAUCAGAUAUAAUAUUGAAGGGAUAGUAUAAUUGGUUUUUCUGAAAACAGAUUUCCUGCUUUUCAACACAAAAUAUUGAUUUGCUUGCUGUAAAUGAUAAGUUUGGGUAUAACUGAAUAACGGUGGUAAUUGUCAUUAAUCCAGAAAAUACUUAAAUCUUUCUCAACGUUUAUGUCCCCAAUUUUUUUAAAGCUUCAAAUAGGAUCUGUUUUGGGAAGACAGCUUACAAAACUCUUAAUUGAAACAUUAUCUUUUAUUCAUUUGUCAAAUUGGCCUGGAGCUGGUUUGUUAGGUGUUGAAAUGUUAUUGCCAUUCUGGUUAUCUCUCCCUAAAUAAUUAUCUCCUGAAAAGUAUUCAUAGUAGACCUCAAAUCCAGGGGGUCUUUUUUUGCUGCUAUUACAGAGCUGAGAGCCAUUAUACUCUGCUGUUUGGUCUGACAAUUGAUAGGAAAUUAAAAUUGGGAAUUCA